AUGAGUUCCGCUCAAGUGGACUCUGUUCGCGAAAUGUGGGGUGUGUCGGUGCCACAACUGGCAUUUGAGUAUGAGCCACUUCUGCACACUUUGUUAGCGUUGAGCGCAGCCCAUCGAGCAACUUUAUUACCACAGGAAGCUAGUUCGCUGCGCCCCGUUUACCAUGGAUAUAUUGACUCGGUUAUUCGCCAACACCGCCCUGUGACAGCCAAUCUAGACAAUAACGUCACUGAAGCAGUCUGCAUAAAUACCGUGCUUCUUUCGCUCUACACACUUUUUCUCCGGUCGGAGCCUUCAACAGCACCGUAUGAAGCACCAGUCAUGUGGUUAUCUUUGUCACAUGGUAUUCGACUAGUGUUAAAGACUGUCUAUAAUCAGCUAAUCACAGAAAAUUCAGCCUUGUGCCCCUUGCUUCAGGCUCAGCCUGCAAUCUGGAAAACUGCCGAUCGCACCCAGCGGGCUUACAAUGGACCAAUGAAGCCAUUUCAGUUCCUACUCAGUUAUCGCCAAGAGGAUGACUGCAUGGACAGUGCAGCAGUGACUGUUUAUGAAGAGGGUGUUGAUUAUUUGGAAAGAUUCUACAUUGCUGUACAGAGAGGGGAGCCCGAUCAUGUACUCCGACGCAUGUUCAUUGGCUUCCCUCCGGUCGUUCCUCGGCCUUUCAUCAGCUUCGUUGCCGAGAAAAGGCCGCGUGCACUGGUUAUUAUGGCUUAUCUUUUUGCGCUGGUCAAGCAAUUUGAUGAUGUAUGGUGGCUUCGUGGGAUCCCCGAGCGAGAGGUACGAGGUAUCAACAGCAUCCUUCCUGCUGAGUGGAAGCACAUGAUGAAUUGGCCGUGA